GGGGGGUGGGGUGGGGGGAGAGCGGCGCCGGCGGCCCGAGGAGGGAGGAAGGAAGGAAGGCUGGAAGGAAGGAAGCAAGGAAAGAAAGAAGGAAAGAAAGGAAGGCAAGAAGGAAGGCGGGCCGGCGGACGAGGGUGCCGGGCCGGGCUCCAGGCGGGCGGGCGAGCGAGGAGGCAGAGCGGCCCCCGAACCCCGUCGCUGCCGCUGCGGAAGCCCCCUCCCCAUCCAGGAGCCGGGGAGGGGGGAGACCGCUAGAGACCCAGGCCCGGCCGCAGCCCCGCCCCCCGCGUCUCCCCGCUGCGGGCCUCGCACCCCAAAUCCCUGGCCUCAUUGGGGGGGUCCUCCCCCCGCGGGCCGGGCAUGCUGCCCCCCGGAAGGAGCCCCUUUCCUCGCCCCCCCCGGCGUCCACGCGGAGCAUGAACAUUGAGGAUGGCGCGUGCCCACGGCUCCCUGUGUCCCCCGCUGCCGCCCGGUAGGAUGUCCUGGCCCCAUGGGGCCCUGCUCUUCCUCUGGCUCUUCUCCCCACCCCUGGGGGCCGGCGGGGGCGGCGUGGCCUUGACAUCUGCUGCCGGCGGGGGCUCCCCGCCGGCCACCUCCUGCCCUGCGGCUUGCUCCUGCAGCAACCAGGCCAGCCGGGUGAUCUGUACAAGGAGGGAGCUGGCCGAGGUCCCUGCCAGCAUCCCCGUCAACACACGGUACCUGAACCUGCAGGAGAACGGCAUCCAGGUGAUCCGGACGGACACGUUCAAGCACCUGCGACACCUGGAGAUCCUGCAGCUGAGCAAGAACCUGGUGCGCAAGAUCGAAGUGGGCGCCUUCAACGGGCUGCCCAGCCUCAACACCCUGGAGCUGUUCGACAACCGGCUGACCACGGUGCCCACGCAGGCCUUCGAGUACCUGUCCAAGCUGCGGGAGCUCUGGCUGCGCAACAACCCCAUCGAGAGCAUCCCGUCCUACGCCUUCAACCGCGUGCCCUCGCUGCGCCGCCUUGACCUGGGCGAGCUCAAGCGGCUGGAAUACAUCUCGGAGGCGGCCUUCGAGGGCCUGGUGAACCUGCGCUACCUCAACCUGGGCAUGUGCAACCUCAAGGACAUCCCCAACCUGACGGCCCUGGUGCGCCUGGAGGAGCUGGAGCUGUCGGGCAACCGGCUGGACCUGAUCCGCCCGGGCUCCUUCCAGGGCCUGACCAGCCUGCGCAAGCUGUGGCUGAUGCACGCCCAGGUGGCCACCAUCGAGCGCAACGCCUUCGACGACCUCAAGUCGCUGGAGGAGCUCAACCUAUCCCACAAUAACCUGAUGUCGCUGCCCCAUGACCUCUUCACGCCCCUGCACCGCCUCGAGCGCGUCCACCUCAACCACAACCCCUGGCACUGCAACUGCGACGUGCUCUGGCUGAGCUGGUGGCUCAAGGAGACCGUGCCCAGCAACACGACGUGCUGCGCGCGCUGCCACGCGCCCGCCGGCCUCAAGGGGCGCUACAUCGGCGAGCUGGACCAGUCGCACUUCACCUGCUACGCGCCUGUCAUCGUGGAGCCGCCCACGGACCUCAACGUCACCGAGGGCAUGGCCGCCGAGCUCAAGUGCCGCACCGGCACGUCCAUGACCUCCGUCAACUGGCUGACGCCCAACGGCACCCUCAUGACCCACGGCUCCUACCGCGUGCGCAUCUCCGUCCUGCACGACGGCACGCUCAACUUCACCAACGUCACCGUGCAGGACACGGGCCAGUACACCUGCAUGGUGACGAACUCGGCCGGCAACACCACCGCCUCGGCCACGCUCAACGUCUCGGCCGUGGAUCCCGUGGCGGCCGGGGGCGCCAGCGGCGGCGGCGGGGGCGGCCCCGGCAGCGGCCCCGGGGGCGCCGGCGGCGGUGGCGGCGGCGGCGCGGGCAGCGGCGGCUACACCUACUUCACCACGGUGACCGUGGAGACCCUGGAGACGCAGCCGGGAGAGGAGGCCCUGCAGCCGCGGGGGACGGAGAAGGAGCCCCCGGGGCCCACGACGGACGGCGUCUGGGGCGGCGGCCGGCCCGGGGAGGCGGCCGGCCCGGCCUCGUCGUCCACCACGGCGCCCGCCCCACGCUCGUCGCGGCCCACGGAGAAGGCGUUCACGGUGCCCAUCACGGACGUGACGGAGAACGCCCUCAAGGACCUGGACGACGUCAUGAAGACCACCAAGAUCAUCAUUGGCUGCUUCGUGGCCAUCACGUUCAUGGCCGCCGUGAUGCUCGUGGCCUUCUACAAGCUGCGCAAGCAGCACCAGCUCCACAAGCACCACGGGCCCACGCGCACCGUGGAGAUCAUCAACGUGGAGGACGAGCUGCCCGCCGCCUCCGCCGUGUCCGUGGCGGCCGCCGCUGCCGUGGCCGGCGCGGGGGGCGUCGGCGGGGACAGCCACCUGGCCCUGCCCGCCCUGGAGCGCGACCACCUCAACCACCACCACUACGUGGCGGCCGCCUUCAAGGCGCACUACAGCAGCAACCCCAGCGGCGGGGGCUGCGGGGGCAAGGGCCCGCCCGGCCUCAACUCCAUCCACGAACCUCUGCUCUUCAAGAGCGGCUCCAAGGAGAACGUGCAAGAGACGCAGAUCUGAAACCGCCUGUCGCGCGGACGGGCCCUGCCCGGGGCAGCUCGGGGCAGGCAGCUCGGAGCCCCAGCCGGGUCCGGACCGCAGGGCGGCUCGCCCCAGCCAGGACAGGGGCGAGGAUGGAGCC